GCACAGAGCUUAAGGAAUGAAUUGCAUGGUCCAAGACAGAAUGAAGCGGAUUGGUACAAAUACAUGAGCCAAGCAGCAAUGGCAAUCCACAAAGAAAAUCCAAAUGUGUUAGUCCUAAUCUCAGGUUUAAACUUUGAUACUGAGCUCCAAUUCUUGAAGAGAAAACCAUUGAACAUAAACAUAGGCAACAAACUUGUGUAUGAGACACAUCUGUAUUCUUGGACUGGAAUUGGGACACUGAAAUUGAAAGACAUUUGGAUCAAGCAACCAUUGAACAGAAUCUGUGCAUUGAGCAUUAGAGGGUUGGAUUCUAGCGCUGGGUUCCUUACAAUGGGAGAGAAUGCAGCACCAUUGAUCUUCACUGAGUUUGGCUUUGACCAAACUGGUGUGUCAAUUCAAGAUAACAGGUUCUUGACAUGUCUUCAGACAUAUCUUGCUGGAAGGGACAUGGAUUGGGGUUUGUGGGCAUUCCAAGGUGGAUACUAUGUUAGAGGUGGUGAUGUUCAUGUUGAUGAGACAUUUGGGGUUUUGAAUUCAGAUUGGAAUCAUUUGAGGUACCCUAAUUUCACUGACAAGUUUCAACUUUUGCAGAUGAAGAUUCAAGAUCCUACUUCCAAGGCAGGGAAUGCUAACAUAAUGUACUACCCUCUAAGUGGUCAAUGUACAAAAGUGAAUCAAAAGAAUGAACUUGAGCUUGGUACUUGUGAGAAGAAUCACCACAAUAGAUAGAUCUACAACAGUGGCUCUCAAAUAAUUCUGAAUGGCACCAAUAAGUGCUUAACAUCUUCAGGUGAAGGCCUUCCAGUAACUGUUUCUAAUGAUUGCAAAAGCAAGAACAAUUCUUGGAGACAAGUGUCACUUUCCAAGCUUCAUUUGGCCACAUUUGAUGACAAGAGUGGCAAAACGCUUUGCUUGAAUAAGGAUACUAACUCAUCAACGAUUGUGACAUCAAAAUGUAUUUGCAUAACCGAUGAUUCUCAAUGUCUUGAUGAUCCUCAAAGCCAGUGGUUCCAGCUUGUUCCCACCAAUGUGUAGAUUAGGGUCAAUGGGAUUUUUAUGUUUAAUAUUGCUAAUAAGAAACUUUAUAUAUAGAGAAAGAGUUGUGUUUUAUUUGAAUUUAUAAGAAGCUUUACUCUUUCUUUUA